AUUGAAUAGUAUCAUAAUAUAAAAAUUAUUAAAUGGGUUCUAUAGUUUGUUCUAAUAAAAAUAAAACUCCUCCUGUUUACAUCUACACAGAUCCAGGUAAUUUGAUAACUAUGAGUGAACCUUAAUUAAACAUUAAAGAUAAUAAGGAUGAAUAUUUUGAUGAUGAAGAAUUGUUAAAAUAUGAAAAUACAAAAUAUAAAUAGAGAGAAGUUUAAAAUAAACCAAUAAAGUAAAAUUAUGAGUUUAAAUGUUAAGGUGGCAAUCAUUGAAUCAUUAUUUAGGAUAAGGAUCAUUUGGUUCUGUUGAAUUAGGUAAAGAUCUAGAGAGUGGAUAAUUUAUUGCAGUCAAAUAAUUAUCAAUCAAAGGAUACAAUCCUAAAUAAAUUAAAGCAGUAUAGAAUUAUAUAUUGUAUAUAAGAAAAUAGAUGCGUUUGAAUUGGAAAUUAAAGUGUUAUCUAAAUUGGAACAUCCAAAUAUUGUUAAAUAUUUAGGAAUGGAGUAAAAUUAGACUCAUAUUAAUUUGUUUUUAGAACAUGUUUCAGGUGGGUCAAUCAAAUCUUUAUUAGAAAGGUAUGGACAAUUUCCUGAGAAUCUAGUAUAAUAAUAUACAAAAUAAAUUUUAUGGGGAAUAGAAUAUUUGCAUAGCCAUGGAAUUAUACAUAGAGAUAUAAAGGGAGCAAAUAUUUUAGUAGAUGCUAAAGGUAUAUGUAAAUUAGCUGAUUUUGGAUCAUGCAAAUCAUUAUCAAAAGAGGAUUGUAAUACAUUUACAGGAACUCCUAAUUGGAUGGCACCUGAGGUUAUUGGUGGAAAAGGAUAUGGAAGAUUUGCAGAUAUUUGGUCAUUGGGUUGUACUGUGAUUGAAAUGAUUACAGGUAAACCUCCUUGGUUUGAUGAAGCUAAGAAUCCAUUUUAAAUUAUAAUGGAAAUUAUGAAAGGUUAGCCUCCUUAAUUACCAUAAAAUUUAAGUGAAAUAGCCAAAGAUUUCCUGUCUCAUUGUUUAUAGUAAUUAUUUAUUAUGAAAAGAUAUGAUCCUAAGAAAAGAUUGAAUAUUACAAAGUUAUUGCAACAUCCCUUUGUGCCUAAAAGUGGAAAUUAUUCCAUUUCAAUUGAUUUAAGCAACAUGUUUAAAACAUUUCAAAGGUAGAUAGCAUAAUGA